AUGGAGAUUGGGUGGAAUGUCAAGAUGAUUUGGCUACUGCUGUGGAAUUCUACUAGAGAAAAUGUUCCUGGUAUGGUGACUAUGGAGCAGAAUCUUGAAUUAUGUAAGUAUCCUACUCUUGAAGAAGUCGAGUUUGUUGUGUUUGAACUUAGUGGGGAGCCGGCGGCAAUUUCAUCAACAAGGUUAAGGUGCAAGCCUACCAAUGUAGUGAUUAAAUUGGACAUGGCUAAAGAAUAUGAUAGGGGGUUUGGAAUGCCACAGUGGACUAAUCCAUUGAACCAUCUUGCAUAUGAUGAUGAUACAAUAAUCUUUGCCUCAGCCCAUCCAGAUUCAUUGGAGAAGAUCAUGGCAGUGUUGUGUGAUUAUGAGAAGAUCUCAGGCCAGCUGAUUAAUAAGCCUAAGAGCUCCUAUUAUAUGCACUCUAAUGUAGCAACUACUUUGGUUCUAAUAGUUGGUGAUAUUACUGGCUUUGCUAAGGGUGCAUUCCCUUUCAUAUACCUAGGGUGUACAAUAUUCUAUACUAGCAAAAGGAAAGACUACUAUGAUGAUCUUAUAAAGAAGACAAAGGCCAAGCUGCACUCAUGGAAAGAAAAGUUGUUAUAUUAUGGAGGCAAGGCUACACUGAUCUGUAGUGUGCCGAAAAGCAUGGCAGUGCACCUACUCUCAAUUCUGGAUCCUCCCAAAAACAUAUUGGAACAUUUACAUAAGUUAUUUUCAAGGUUCUUCUGGAGCAAUAAGGAAGCAGGGAGGAGUAGACAUUAG